CGUCUUGUAAUUCAUCAUUGCCAGUCUCUGCUAAAACCCCGCAAAUGGGUUCUCUCUAUAGAGCUUCGAGAACCCUAAAAAAGCCUCAGAACAUACUUUCUACAAUCCUCAGAGCCAACCCCCUAAAUUCUAGGUUCAGCCAAAGCCAAAACCAGGCUGAUUUCUGCAAUUUAACUCGCUUGUUUUGCUCUCAUUCUCGUCAUAACGGCCCCAAAGACAGCACUAAUAUAGACUUGACUCAAUACCCUCCUGAGAAAAUCAGAAACUUCUCUAUAAUUGCCCAUGUUGACCACGGAAAGUCAACUUUAGCUGACCGGCUCUUGGAGCUCACUGGGACUAUCAAAAGAGGACAUGGGCAGCCUCAGUAUCUUGAUAAGUUGCAGGUGGAGAGGGAAAGAGGAAUUACUGUGAAAGCUCAGACAGCAACUAUGUUCUACAAGCACAAGGUUAAUGGCCCUGGCAUUGACGAAACUGAUGAACCAUCAAGUUUUUUACUGAAUCUUAUUGACACACCUGGUCAUGUGGAUUUCAGCUAUGAAGUGUCAAGAUCCCUGGCAGCUUGCCAAGGUGCCCUUCUGGUGGUGGAUGCGGCCCAAGGUGUGCAGGCACAAACUGUGGCUAACUUUUAUCUUGCUUUUGAGUCUAACCUCACUAUUAUACCUGUCAUAAACAAAAUUGAUCAGCCAACUGCUGAUCCCGAUCGUGUCAAAGCUCAGCUGAAAUCCAUGUUUGAUCUCGAGCCUAGUGAUACCCUUUUAACCUCUGCUAAAACGGGGCUAGGUCUUGAGCAUGUCCUUCCUGCUGUCAUAGAGAGGAUACCUCCCCCUCCUGGGGUUGUGAACUCAACUUUGCGUAUGCUUCUGUUGGAUUCUUAUUAUGAUGAAUACAAAGGAGUAAUUUGCCAUGUUGCAGUUGUUGAUGGUACACUGCACAAAGGAGAUAAGAUUGCUUCUGCUGCAACUGGUCACAGUUAUGAAAUUAUGGAUGUUGGAAUCAUGCAUCCUGAACUCAAACCUACUGGUGUCCUUCUAACUGGACAGGUGGGUUAUGUUGUGACUGGCAUGCGUUCAACAAAGGAGGCACGAAUUGGUGACACUUUACAUCACAGUAAGAGUACUGUAGAGCCUCUUCCAGGUUUUAAACCUGCAAAGCAUAUGGUGUUUUCUGGUCUUUAUCCUGCUGAUGGAUCUGAUUUUGAAGCUCUCAAUAAUGCUAUAGAGAGACUUACCUGCAAUGAUGCUAGUGUCUCUGUUACCAAAGAGAGCAGCACAGCACUUGGACUCGGUUUUAGGUGUGGUUUCUUAGGCUUACUUCACAUGGAUGUUUUCCAUCAGCGACUUGAACAGGAAUAUGGUGCACAUGUCAUUUCAACAGUUCCCACUGUUCCUUAUAUAUUUGAGUAUUCUGAUGGGAGCAAAGUAGAAGUUCAGAAUCCUGCUGCAUUGCCAUCUAAUCCCAAACAACGAGUCACAGCUUCCUGGGAACCUACAGUUUUAGCUACAAUUAUCAUUCCUAGUGAGUAUGUGGGAUCUGUUAUUACUCUUUGCUCUGAGAGGAGAGGACAGCAGUUGGAGUACUCAUUUAUUGACAGUCAACGGGCAUUUAUGAAGUAUCGCCUACCUUUGAGGGAGAUUGUUGUUGAUUUCUAUAAUGAAUUGAAGAGUAUAACAUCUGGUUAUGCAUCAUUUGAUUAUGAAGACUCAGAAUAUCAAGAAUCUGAUUUGGUGAAACUUGAUAUCCUCUUAAAUGGACAACCAGUUGAUGCAAUGGCAACAAUUGUUCACAAAUUAAAGGCACAGCGUCUUGGUCGUGAACUGGUAGAUAAGUUGAAGAAACAUAUUGACAGGCAAAUGUUCGAGAUAGUCAUACAAGCUGCGAUUGGAUCAAAAAUUAUUGCAAGGGAAACGCUUUCUGCUAUGAGAAAGAAUGUUCUUGCAAAGUGUUAUGGUGGAGACGUUACUAGGAAGAGGAAACUAUUGGAGAAGCAGAAGGAAGGAAAGAAACGAAUGAAGCGUGUUGGUUCAGUUGAUAUACCUCAGGAAGCUUUUCAUGAACUAUUAAAAGUUUCAUAGAGAGAAUUGCUCUCAGAGCCAGCCAAACUUUUAAGGUUGCUGGUUGAAUGACUCAUCCGAAUUCAUUACCCUGCUGAGUUGCCUAGUCUCUCUUAGCCUGUGCCUAGAAAUUUUGCCUUGAAAGGUUCUUGGAAAGAGUUAUCGCGGUUUCAUCGCUGUGGCGUGGAGGUUGUUGGAUACACUGCCCCUGUUGAUCUGGUACAGAACUGUCUUGCGUAAACAGCUGGAUUUAUUAAUGACUAACCAGCAACAAUUCUGCUUAUAAAUUAUGUAUAACAGCAAUGUGAUACCAACAAUAAUGAGGUGUAGGCUAGAUAGCCCUUUUUGUUUUUCCGAUUACUUUGGUGAGACUGAAAUAUGACAGUUUAUUCAUUGUUACCCUCUCAUAGGUAGUACAAUAUUCUGAUUUGUUUAUAAUAAUAUCAACAUAAGUGGCUUUAAAUCUUCAA